AGGAGGGAAGGAAAACUACACCUCCCAGCAGCCUGCCGGCACCCGGGGAAGGGCAGAGUUCACUGUCACGUUGACAGUGGAGGACUAAGGGUGCGUGUCGAGUGCCCGGGCUGUCCGGCCACCAGGGGAGCCGAAGGGCCUCUGGGAAGGGCAAGCGGCGGGGCCAGGGCUGGCCUCUUCCUGCCGCCUCUCCGCUUCACUUCGCCGCCCUGAGCAGCUCCGAACCUGCCCGGGUUUAUGGGCAUUUAAUAGCAACUCCUGAGACCUAGACAGGAUGGUGUUUGUGAGGAGGGUAGGAUUUGGUCAGCCACUCAAACAGCGGGGAGAUACGUCUCCUUAUGACCAAUGGAGAAAGUGAAACCAAACGGUGCAGAAGCCAGAGCUCCAGGAAAGAAAGAAAAUGGAAGAGAAUCCAAGUGUGGAUCUGUCUGGAGCAGGGACAGUCCAGGAUGAGGUGCAGAGCACAGCAGAGCAUCCUGUGCACCAAGAGCCCACCCAAGAAACACUUGAGCACGAAGAGCCCACCCAAGAAACACUUGAGCACCAAGUGGCAAGCAGGUGGCCUGAGACCUCCUGCAAACCAGAGGAGGACUCUUCAGUUUGUAAAUCACUGACUGCUGAUGGAGGAGAGACGACACUGUCCGAUUUAGCUGGCCGCACAGUAGAGGAGGAGGUUCAUCAUGAAACUGAAAUAUCACUGGAAGAAUCUGGGAAGACAGGAGAUGGUGUCUCAGAAAGAUACCAGGAAAAAGAUGACUUGGAUGAAGCCAGGUUGGCCCAUGAUAAUAUGGACAGCAAAGGAGACAGCCCCAUCCAGCAGGAAACACGGGAGGACCAGGAGACAAGCAGGCAAUGUGAAAGCUCCUACAUAGCAGAGGAAGAUGCUUCAUCAAAAAGCAAGUCACUAAGCUCUGACAGUAAAGUGACACAUUUGGUUGUGACUGCCACAGAAGAUGUCACAAAGGGCCUCUUGCCAGAGAAGAGCACCAGUGCCCCUCUCCUAGAUCAGGAGCCAGAAGACAACAUGGAGCAAGAAACAUGGGAAAACAGAUCCCAAGGCAUGUUAAGGAGCAGACGUGGGAUGAAAGGGCACACAUCCCCAAAGCCAGAGGCUCAGUCCUGCUUGCAGAAUGUCACCACCCAAAACACAGACCAGGAGAAGGCCAAAAAGUCUCUCUUCCUGAAAGGUGAGGAAAAGAAGCUUCCCUUGCAUGUUACUCAUCGACCGGAAGGCCCUGAUCCUCCAGGAACAAGGCUUAUCACCGCGAGCCUUGUAUUGCUUGGUCUCUGCCUACUCUGCUUCGGCAACCCAACCUCCAGUUCUCAGCAAGCCCCCAAGAACCCCACGGUGGAGGCAUUCCUGUCCCAGUUCAGCCAGCUACAGGACAGGUUUCCGGGGCAGAGUCCCCACCUCUGGCUUCGCGGGCGCAAGUUCCUGCAGAAGCACCUCAAUGUAUCUCACCACACGCAGCCAGCCAUCAUUAUCUUCACGGCCGCCCGCACGGGCGAGCAGACCUUGCGAUGCCUUAGCACUCAUGUGGCUGACACCUACUCGGCUGCCCUGCAUGGCGGCACGGUCCAGAUUGAUGGCAUGUGUAAAUCCAGGCUCCAGAGUGACCAGGCCAAGCUGGAGGUGGACACGGAGCUGAGCUCAGCUUUCCAGGCUAGGAGCCGUGCUGCAGUGAUCCACCGCUUUGAGCUGCUGCCAGCAGGGGCCACCCUCAUCUUCUACAAGUACUGUGACCACGAAAGUGCUGCUUUCAAGGAUGUGGCCCUGCUGCUGACUGUGCUGCUGGAGGAGGAGACGCUGGAGACCCACAUCAGCCUCCAACAGUUGGAAGAGAGUGUCCGUGACUUCCUUUGGGCCAAGUUCAUCGACACCAGGACCCCCAGCUCCCACGACCACAUGGACUCUGACAAGCUUAGUGGGCUGUGGAGUCGCAUCUCCCACCUUGUCCUACCGAUCUACCCAGUGCAGACCAUUGAGAAGGAGGGCUGCCAUGUCCACACCAAACCCUAGGGGCAGAGACUGCCAGAGCCCCAAGAAGGGUUGGAAGGACAGUCCUGUCACCUCUGAUGCAGGCAUACACAAACAGUGCUAUUUCUCUUCAAUUUGUUUCUCGCAUCUUCCUGGAAAGAGUUUGACAGGUACAAGUUGAUCCAGGCCAUUUGCCAGUUGAGUCCUGGAGGUGACAGAUUGCAUACUUCGUUCUGGCAGAUGGGAAGAGUGGGUAUUUUAGACUGCUAAUUGCACAGGAGAACAUUGCUGUGUGGGGAGGCAGGAGGGAAAACAGGACUUUGCAGGUAGUGUUUCUAUCAGAAGAUAGACAAAAAACGUACACAAAUAGUAUGCCAGAAGGAUACUUCAGUAUCUCUUUCAUUUCUCCCUGCCCCUUAGUUUGCUAAUGUUAUGUACAUUAGUCUUACAAUGUACUUUAUCUAGAAGGCUUCUCUCUCUUUGCAGAGUGCUGCUGAAACGCAGGAACGUCAAAUUCCCCAAAGCCCAAAAUUUUGAAGGCAUACUUCAAAAAGAAAACUCGUUUGCUAGUCAGGGGUCUGACCAGUCAGUCCUGAUAGGGUCACACUUGCACCGACUUACACCCAGCAAAGACCAGAUCCUAAAUAUAGGAUGUUCAAACAAGCCUGCAAUUCAGAAAUCCCCUAAACAUCAAUUACAAGAAAUUUCAGAGAGGAGUGAAACAGAAACCACCUCACUGUUGCUCUGAUUGCACAGGUAAAAGAAUGAGUAACACAGUUCAACUUAAUGCUACCUCUUUUAAAAAAAGUCCACUCUUGAUCCCUUUGCUGCCACAAGACUAUGACUAUCUCUUUGGGCUCAUGCAUCAGCUUUGGUCCUACAUGAUAGAUUGAUUGCUAUUCACUCGAGUCUCUGAUCUGUGUGAGGACAGGAAGCCUGUCCCUCCCCAGCUAACCUUUAUUGACAAAUGCAGACAUUAGCAUUGAUAGUUAUUUCAAACCAUGUAGGGUAGCAUUCCAGGUCUUUGCCCUCCAAGGGUACAUUUGUCUCCCUGACAGGUAGCUGGUGCUCUAGCAUAUGCUAAAGCAACUAGGAGCAGAGCUGGGAUUAGCUGGUAAAGACAAAAUCUCUCAUGUUAACACUAAAAAUCCCCAACAAAGCAGGUUGGUUUCUUACUGUGCCUCCUCUUCUACACACCAGGAAGAGAAAUCCGAGUCCUGGAGAUGCUGUGCUGCCCCUGCACACUGCACUUCUGCAGGUGCUCUGGGACAGAGCAGCCAACUUAGGGAACACCUUGGGGGUAGGUGCAGGUUGCAGCAUUUAUAACAACACAACAACCUGCCCCGGGUGUCAGACCCUCAUGCCUACAGUGCUGUCUGCCAGCGAAGGAGCAGCUGUAGCAGAGCAUGGCUUGUUUCCAUAUAAGCAGCACAGACUGAGGCCCUGCAGAGCCAGGCUCUGUAUUCGAACAGGACACAAACUGAGAACACUACGGUGUUUUUACAAGCAGCACAUGUGAGUGCUCCUUACAGCAACUGGACCCUGGUGCUGUCCAGGUCUCCUGCCAAUGGUGCCUUGCUGAUGUGCCCCACUGAUGGGUCAGCUGAGGUACAAUCCUGUGCCUUAAACCACAGCCUGUCUCUUCUUUCCUCCUGCUGCUUGCCUUAACCUGUCUUAGGAGAUUUGUGGCCACUAACUUGGAGGAUGGGACAAAAUAAAGGAAGAGGAGGGGGUUGUUUGUUCAUGUUCAUGUCAAAGAACAGACAACUUUGUUGGCUGGGGACAUGAAGACACAACCAAAGAGUUUUAACCAUGACAAACACUGGGCUUGAUGUGAGUUACCUGCUGGAGCUCAGCAUGAGCAGGGCAGCCCAGAGCAUGGUUUUGUACAAGAUACGGGUUGCUUCCUCCUCUUCCUCCUUUUCAUUGCUAAACACUACUUUGGUAACGGAAAAUACUGUUUCUGCUCUGCAAGGUUCAGUAUGGGCGUUGAUGUAAGAGCCAGCAGAGCAUUAAUCAUGUUAUGUCAAUAUCUUGAGGGAAGUCUGUAUUUUAAUGUUAUCUCACUCUCAGUUUUAUGCACUGUGUUUGUAAUGCAUAGCCAAGGUAUGCAAGGCCAAAUUCACACUGCUUGGGCACAUCGCUGUAAGCUUCACCCACCCGAGCUGGUCUUAUUAGAGAUGUUUUUAUGACCUUUUAAAGACAAAAUAUCUGCUUGCUUCUGAAACAAGACUUCUAUUUAAAAAUAAAUAAUGAGAUCGUGAAAGAAACCAGAAGUUUUCAAAGCGA